GUGCAGAGCAGAGGGAGUUAAAUGAAAAGCAACCUGCGGUUUGCAGGCAUUGCAGUCCUGCAUCAGAUAAGGAGCAGUAAGAUUUUUGAAGUCUUGGAAACUGCAUCUUCUUUCAGAAGGAUGGUAACUCUGAGGAAAGUUAUCAAAACUGUACUCAGCAUUGAGCAGGCGGAAGGGGUUGGGGCACGUGUUCGGAGAAGCAUUGGCAGGCCUGAGUUAAAAAAUGUGGAUCCUUUUUUGUUGCUUGAUGAAUUCAAAGGAGGUAAACCAGCUGGCUUUCCUGAUCACCCCCAUCGGGGUUUUGAGACGGUAACUUACCUGUUAGAUGGUGGCUCUAUAGCCCAUGAAGAUUUUUGCGGACAUGCUGGUAUAUUGAACCCAGGAGAUUUACAGUGGAUGACAGCAGGGCGGGGUAUUCUUCAUGCAGAGAUGCUCUGCUCAGAGGAACAAGCACAUGCUCUGCAACUCUGGGUCAAUCUGAGACGUUCAGAGAAAAUGGUGGAACCCCAAUACCAAGAGCUGAAAAACAAAGACAUCCCCAAACCCUCCAAGAAUGGUGUGACUGUGUCCGUCAUUUCAGGAGAGGCACUGGGUGUAAAGUCAAAGGUAUAUACUCGCACACCAACAUUAUAUCUGGACUUCAAGCUGGACAAAGGAGCCAAGCACAUUCAGCCAGUUCCCAAAGGAUGGACAUCUUUUAUUUACACUCUGUCUGGCAAUCUGUAUGUUGGAUCUGAUGAUGCCCAACAGAAAAUCGAACCCCAUCACACAGCAGUGUUGGACGAUGGUGACGGUGUUCAGUUAGAAAACAAGGGUCCUGAAAUAAGCCAUUUUGUGUUAGUCGCUGGGGAGCCAAUUAAGGAAUCCGUGGUACAACAUGGGCCAUUUGUGAUGAAUACUCAGGAAGAAAUUAUACAAGCAAUUGAUGAUUACAGAAAUGCAAAAAAUGGAUUUGAGAGAGCUGCCACCUGGAAGUCAAAGAUAGGAAACCAAUGAUCUGCAAUGUUAAGAGUAUAGCUGGGUGUUUCAUAUUUACAUCAUUAGGGUCUGAUCCUGCAAACCCUUACACAUGUGAGUAGUCCUGUUGCCUUCAGUGGAACUACUUAUAUGAAUAAAAAUUACUGAAUCAGUCCAGUAGCGUAUAUUUAGUAUACCUAAUUACCAAGGUGUGUAUGUGUGAUUAAUGUUUUUUGAGGGUUAAUACUACAUUUCUGCAUAUAUAUGUACAUGUGUGUGGAAAUGCAUUAAGUGAUUUUGUUUUGGUGUACAAAAAUAUAUUUCUCUUUUGCUGCAAUAAAGACUCUUAUUUUAAAUCUA